AUGGAAUCUCUCCCGGCUUUAAAACCGAUCGAUCGUUGGAUAGAUGGUAACCGCAAUCCAAUGGUGGUGAUUCAAAGCUCCGAGCUCGUCACCCCAGCUCUUCCUCUCGAGCGAAGAACUCUUUAUCUCAGCAACAUCGAUCAUCAAGUUUUCUUCCAUGUCGAGUGGAUCAUGGUCUACGAUUCGAUCGACAAUCCCCGCGAUUGGAUCGAGAAACUCCGCGAGUGUCUCGCCAAGAUCCUCGUUCCGUACUACUUCCUGGCCGGGAGUUUCAAGCUCAAUGACGAAAAUGGGCGCCUGGAGAUCGAUUGCAAUGGAGCUGGAGUGGUGUUUACGCGGGCAUCAAUGGACGCCACCAUAGCCCAGCUCCACAAUCUCCGUGAUCCAGAUCCUCUCUUUCGAAAAGAGCUCAUCACACUUCCAAGGAAUGUGGAAUCCAUCCAGGAUCUUCCAUUGCUCACUCUCCAGGCAAGAAAAGUGAUCAAAUCUUUCGCUUGA